AUCACUGUGGCGGUGUUGCCUUUCUUCUUAAUUAUAUCUUUUACCUCCUCGUAUGCCUCCAUGAGGAUUUGUGCUUCCGACGGGGAAAAGUACGCGGCUCUAGUUGCCAUGGUAAAUCAGUUAAUCUGUGAUCUGUGGCGGGGUCUAUUUGAGUGAGCCGUGAGCGCGCACCUAUCCAGGAUUGGUUUCACCUGGCUUAAUGAAUCCGUGUCUGCUCAUCCUGGCUUGGUCUUUGUGCAACCAAUUAAGCCUGGACGCACAUGUUUUGGCUUCAUUGAGCUCAGCUGAGUCAUUUAUCCCGGAUGUCUUAAUUCUACUUUUGUGCAACAGGCCCCUGGGCGGGUUUUGAGUGGUCAAUAGAGAUAGAAAUUGUAUCUAGACCUGGCAACCACAACAGCAGCUAGUCAGCCACCAUUGUUCAGCAACCUCGGUAGCUCGCUAACAAACAGCAGAAACAUUGGAGCCCUUUAGACACUAUCGGUGAUUAUUAGCCAUUUUAUUUUCAACACACUUUCGUCGUAUCUACCAGUUACCUCAUUUAAUAGCAUAUUUACGUUGUGGUUGUCAGUCAGCUAGCUGGAUGGUUAAAUUACCGCUAGGCUAGUCGCUAACGGUAACUAGCUAACGUUAGCUAGAUAACAUCCACGACUAUGAGCUCCCUAAACUACUCCCUCCCAGCUAAAGUAGAGGCGGUCGGAUGGACAGGGACAGAAACUCUCGUUAAAGAGGAGAAGGAAGAGGAGGCUGUCACAGUUAAACAUGAAGUAGAGGGUGAAGCUGUUACAGUGAAAGAAGAAGAGAAAGAAGUUACAGUGACGGACGAGCAAGAAGCUUUAGGAGUGAAAGAGAAGGAUGUUACCGUGAAAGAAGAGGAGGAAGAGAAACAAGACGAUGCGGUUUUUGGAGUGAAAGAGGAGGCAGCGAUGACAGUUAAGGUAGAGGAAGACGUUUUUAGAGUGAAAGAGGAGGAGAUGACUGUCUCGUUGGAGGAAGAGGAGACUGGAGAUCUCAUUAACACCAGAAAGAGAACAGACUUUCAUUCUGACAGUGGGAAGAGUCCUUCAGAGGAACCAGAGACAUCCAACCCAGCAAGACGACACUGCUGCUCCCAGUGUGGAAAGAGUUUAACUCCGUUAGGGAACUUGAAAAUACAUGAACGAAUACACACAGGAGAAAAGCCUUACCAAUGCUCCCAUUGCGGGAAGAGUUUUACCCAGUCAGGGUACUUGAGAACUCAUAUGAGAAUACACACAAGAGAGAAACCCUACCAAUGCUCCCAGUGUGGAAAGAGUUUUACCCAGUCAGGGCACUUGAAAGAACAUAAGAGAACACACACAGGGGAGAAGCCCUACCAAUGCUCCCAAUGUGGGAAGCGUUUUACCCUGUCAGGACACCUAAAAGUGCAUGAAAGAACACACACAGGUGAGAAGCAUUUAGCAAGACCAUACCACUGUUCCCACUGUGGAAAGUAUUUUACUCAGUUAGGGAACUUAAAAAUACAUGAACGAAUACACACCGGAGAAAAGCCUUACCAAUGCUCUCAUUGUGGGAAGAGUUUUACCCAGUCAGGGUACUUGAGAACCCAUACGAGGAUACACACAAGAGAGAAACCCUACAAAUGCUCCCAGUGUGGAAAGAGUUUUACCCAGUCAGGACACUUGAAAGAACAUAAGAGAACACACACAGGGGAGAAUCCUUACCAAUGUUCCCAGUGUGGGAAGCGUUUUACCCUGUCAGGGCACCUAAAAGUGCAUGAAA